GGUGUCCUAUUAUUACCCGCACAUCCUUUUCUCUUUAUCUUCUCCUCCAUUCAAUGUUAUCAAGUUAAUAUAGUCAUACACAAAAUCAAAGAGCAGCCAUUUCAGAUAUUUCAUCAACUAAAAAGCUUUUCAUUUUUCAAGCUAAUAGUUUUCUGGAGAGUACACAAAAACAUACUUUUAUUAAGUGAUAAAGAUCCGGAGAAAGGGAAAGCAAAUAAUUUUGAGGUGUCAUUUUCUGCUCUUCGCAAGGACGUUGUCAACGUUCUGGAUUUCAUGGAGAGGUUAAAGAAUGAAGAAGGUCAUAAUGCUGUCGACAUGGCCGAUCAAAUUGAAGAGCUGAAAUUUGAGCUGGCAUUUAUUUGUACGUACGUCGGGCUUUCUCAUUGUGAUUUAGAAAAGUUUGAAGAUGCAAUGAGUGAUUCAAGACAAAGGGUUGAGAAUCUGCUUCGACCAAUUUUGAACGUUGUUGACAACGAUGUCAGGUGUGAAUACAACAUGGAUCAUGUUCUUCCUAGCCUCAUCGAUAAUAUCGAUGAUUGUAUCAGCUCGUGUCAUCAUUCUACAUCAAGUGUCACCAUGACUGACGAACAGUUGGACUUCCUCCUCCUGGAUCUCCAUUAUCUAUCCGAGUUUCUUGCUGAACAGAUUUAUCCAUUAGAGACUCAGUAUGAGAUUCUGCAGACUGUGUCUGGCAACAUGAAAUAUUUCCAUGGGUUGAUAGUAAAUGGUUGCAUUGAGCGCGAGAUUGUUGAAUAUGUCUUGUCUCAGUUUCAACUCAUGGCUGAGAGAGUUGCAAUCUUCCUAUGGCAUGAUCGACUUGGAGACUCUCGACUCUUCAAGCUAGCACAUCUCCUCAUGAAGAUCAUUCCAAUUGAACUGGAGGUGAUGCAAAUAUGCUAUACAAAUUUGAAAGCUUCACCAUCAGUAGAAGUUAGACGCUUUAUUAAGAAACUCCUUGAAUUCUCUCCAGAAGUUCUGAGAGAAUAUCUGAUUCAUCUACAAGAGCACAUGGUAACUGUUAUUACCGCAAGCACUUCAGGGGCUCGAAACAUUCAUGUCAUGAUAGAGUUCCUAUUAAUUAUUGUUACUGAUAUGCCCAAGGACUUUAUUCAUCAUAGCAAAUUGUUUGAUCUUUUGGCACGUGUUGGAGCACUCAUCAGGAAGGUAUCAACUCUUGUUCGCGACUAAGAAAAGCAAUCAAGGAAUAAACAGAGUACAAAUGGAACAAAUCGUGCAGCUCUAGACUUGCUGGAAAAUAUUGAACUCCUCAAGGAAGAUCUCAAAUGUGUUUAUCUGAAAGCCCCGGGCUCAUAUCAAUGUUGCUUCCCCAUGAAUGAUGGACCGCUCUUCAUGCAUCUUCUACUCAUCCACUUGAAUGAUCUGCUAGAUUCCAAUGCUUAUUCAAUUGCUUUGAUCUGGACACAUGUUUUAGAUGUGGCAUAUGUGGCUAAAGAUGUCAUAGAUUCAAUUAUCAUAAGAGAUAAUGGUCUUUUACAUCUUAUUUUCUCACUUCCCAUUACCCUAAAAAAGAUCAGCCUUAUUAAAGAAGAUCUCUCCCAAUUACCGGAGAAGAUUCCCAAGAACAAGAGCCUCAUUGUUGUAAACUCUCCCAAGAAUCCAGUUGAAAGAAAAUCAUUGACAACUGGUAAAAUAAUUGUAGGUUUUAAGGAGGAGACAAACUGGUUAAUUAGUAAGCUCACCAGUGGACCGAAAGAUGUUGAUGUCAUCUCAAUCACUGGUAUGCCGGGUUCGGGCAAAACUACUUUGGCGUACAAAGUAUACAAUGAUGAAUCAGUUUGUAGUCAUUUCGACGUUCGUGCAUGGUGCACUGUCGACCAAGAAUAUGACGAGAAGAAGUUGCUGGUGAAACUUUUCAAUCAGGUUACUGGCUCGGAUUUGAAGUCCAGUGAGGAUAUUGAUGUUGCCGAUAAGCUGAGGAAACAAUUGUAUGGAAAGAGGUAUCUAAUUGUGUUAGAUGACGUGUGGGAUACUACUACAUGGGAUGAUCUAACAAGACCUUUCCCUGAAGCUGAGAAAUGAAGUAGAAUUAUUUUGACGACUCGACAAAAGGAAGUGGCUUUUCAUGGAAAGGGAAACACUGAUCCUCUUAACCUUCGAUUGCUAAGACCAGAAGAAAGUUGGGAGUUAUUAGAGAAAAGGGCAUUUGGAGAACAGAGUUGCCCUGAUGAACUAUUGGAUGUUGGAAAAGAAAUAGCUGAAAAUUGUAAGGGACUUCCUUUGGUGGCUGAUAUGAUUGCUGGAGUCAUUGCAGGUUUGGAAAAGAAAAAGGCUGCGUGGCUUGAAGUUCGAAAUAAUUUGAAUUCCUUUAUUUUCGGCAGUGAAGUUGAUGUGAUGAAAGUUAUAGAAUUAAGUUAUGACCAUUUACCUCAUCAUAUGAAGCCAUGCAUUCUCUUCCUUGCAUCUUUUCCAAAGGACACUGCAAUGGAAAGAGUUAUGUUGAAAAUAUAUUGGCGUGUUGAAAGGCUUGUUGAACAAACAGAGAUGAAGAGUUUGGAAGAAGAGAUGGAAAUUUAUUUGGAUAAAUUAAUUUCCUGUAGCUUGGUAAUUGCUUUCAAUGAGAUAGGUGAUGCCCCAACAUGCCAACUUCAUGAUCUUGUGCACAAGUUUUGUUUGAUAAAAGCAAGAGAGGAAAAGUGGUUUGUCCAGAUAAGUUCAAGUGAUCCAUCUUCUUCUUCAGAUUUGAUGGCAAGCAUGGUAAACAUUGAUUAUAAUAAGGAGCACUUUGAGCCUAACAAUUUCGUCCUGCUCAAUUCAAAAACGAAAAGGCAUUCUGGUAAGCACCUCUAUUCUUUGGCAAUAACCGGAGACAAGAUGGAAGAUCGUCUUCCUGAUGCAUGUCACCUAAGAGACUUCAGGCUUCUGAGAGUAUUGGAACUGAUUCCCUCUUUUAUGAUGGUGAAAGAAUCUUUGCUGCAUGAAAUAGGCAUGUUGAAUCAUUUGAGGUUCUUAAGAAUUGGGACAGAAGUUAAAUCUAUGCCUUCAUCUUUCUCAAACCUCCGGAAUUUAGAAACCCUAUGGGUUGAAAACAACGGAUCAACCUGGGUACUGUUACCGGGUAUUUGGGAUCUUGUAAAGUUGCGAGUGUUGUGCAUUUAUGCUUGUUCUUUCUUUGAUAUGGAUACAGAUGAACCAAUACUGAUAGCAGAGGACUCAAAGUUAGGGAACUUGAGAAUAUUAGAUCACCUCGUGCUUUCCUAUUCGAAAGAAACAGAGCAUAUUUUCAAAAGAUUUCCCAAUCUUCAGAGGCUUGUAUUUGAUCUCAAGGAAUUAUGGGAUUAUUCAGCGGAGCGAUAUUGGUUCCCGAAAUUGGACUUCCUAACUGAACUAGAUUUCCUCGGUGUAAAUUUUGAAAGUUCAAACACAAAUGACAGUGGACCCUCUUUAGCGAUAAAUUGGUCGUGGGAUUUUCAUUUUUCUUCCAAUCUGAAAACAUUGGUGUUGUGUGAUUUUCCUCUGGCAUCAGAUUCACUAUCAACAAUAGCGAGACUGCCCAACCUUAAAGAGUUGUUCCUUAGGAGAACACUCAUCCGAGAGGAAGAAUGGAACAUGGGGGAGGAAGACACCUUUGAGAAUCUCAAAUAUUUGGAUUUGAAAGGACUGACUCUCGCUAAGUGGGAGUUUGAAGAGGGAUCCUUUCCCGUGCUUGAAAAAUUAGUAUUGCAGGGAUGUCAUAAACUUGAGGAGAUUCCAUCAAGUUUUGGCGAUAUUUGUUCAUUGAAAAUCAUCAAACUUGUAGAGAGCCCUCAACUUGAAGAUUCAGCUCUGGAGAUUAAACAAUAUGUUGAAGAUAUGAUGGGAGAAGACAAGCUUCAGAUCCUUGGCCCGGAUAAUAUACCGUUAUCUAAGACAGAUCCUGAGAACUUGAAAGGAAGGGAAGGAGAAGUUACUUUGGUAAAAUGAAGAAAAUGAAGGAGAAAUAAAGGAGGAGGAAACAACCAAGUCAUUGAACCCUUCCCUGCUUCCCCGAGCUCUUCCGACAUGCUCAGUUCACACCUCCUAGUUGGCGUGCCGCUGCUAUGCCUAGCACUGCGAGUUUGCUGUUAACUCUCUCUUUGAAACAUACAUGGGAUUGGCAACCUCUGUACUAUAUGCAAGUUAUCCGAUAUCUCAGUUUUUGUCUAUCGUUCAAGAAAUACCAUCAUCACAAACAAUGUGAAACCUCUGCUGGUAAUAAAGUUACCGAGAAAGUCCAAUGCAACAACAAGUGGGAUAUUUGCAGUGCGAAGAGCUUGAGUUGUGAUGCAGGGUGGUGGAAUUAACUUGCACUGAGAAUCAGCCACCGAUAAGCAUUGGGAGUUGUGGGCCUGCUGUUUCUUAUGAUCCAGCUGUUCAAAUAGGUGCAACAAUUGAACAUGGCUAUCGGCCUCCAUUAUUGAUUCUCUCAAUUUGAUACCAAAGUUGAUGCCACAAGCUAUUAGUCGUUCUGAAUUUGUCCAGGGUGAAAACUUUAAAUAUAGGAUUGAUGUGCUACACAAAGAGACAAAUGUUUGAUAAAUGCACUUUGAUUGAAGGCGGUGCCUUGGCAGACAAACACGGAAAGGAAGAAGUCGAGGCAAGCAAGGAACAAGUAAUGGGAAUGUACAAAGCAGUGGUAACCUGUUUCCUUCAGAAGUCUGAUGCAUAUGCUUAGGCGUUUGGACAUGAUUUGGUUGUAAGGAACAAAAAUUACCCUCUAGAUAAUUUCUUUUUUUUGUUUCAAGUUGUCAACAAAGUAAUAAUUUUUUAAACUUCUAUUCUUAAACAGUGUAGCUCUAAGUUGCGCGGACUCUUCACUUUUGAUGCUGCACCCGUGUUGGAUUCUCCAAAAAUAAACUACUUUUGGAGAAUCCGACACGCACCCACAUUUUUUGAAGAGUCCGAACAAUGUAGGUAUAGCUACAUUCUUUUUGUACAUACCAAAAAGAAAAAGAAUGCCACAUAAAAUGGAGUAACUUCUCUUCUUUAUUUAUUUUUUUCCAAUUACUUUGGCCAGUGUAAUUUUUCAUUGCAGAGCAUAUGUUAAGAAGAUGGUUACAAUUCCUUUGCCGAUACGUCAGCUUUAGAGGCUAAAGAUAAAUCGUCAGACAUCGAUUGCAUUCUCCAAUCUAUUUGCCCCCUUUUUCUUUUAUUCUGUUGUGGUGAAUAAGUGAUGAAGUUGUAUUGCUAUUGUUACGACAGGUUUUUUGUUCAAUUUUCUCACUUUUUCUUCAUUUUGUGUGCCUAUAGUUAAAAACAAGUAGUAGUAAUAUUCCAAGAAUUGUUCUUUCAAAGUAUUCUCCUUGUAUACUCUCUUCUAUUCUUUGGUAUGGAUUGGCUUGUUUGCAAAUCAAGAAGUCUACUUGGCAUUGCUGAAUCUCCCCUGUAAUGGAAAAGUAUGAAGUCAAACAAAAGGUAAUUAAGCUAUCAAGAAAUUCCAAUGCAACAAGUAGGAUGUUCGCGUGCAAGAGUUUGUAUUGUGAUGCAGGGUGGCGGAAUUCACGUGCACCAAGAAUCAGGUGAAGUUUGAGUAGUCACCAGAUGGUCAUCUCUAAGGUGACAAGCACAUACUAUGGAGAGGGUGAUUUUAAGCUCCAUGUAGAAAGUAGUGGAAGCCCAAUUCAUAUGGAAAAAACUAUGUUGGAGUACAGUUGCUGUUGCAGUCAGCUCUACACUAGCUGUGGAACAACGAGAUCUGUUUCUCACUAAUAAUCUCAUGCACGAAGGACCGGACAGGGAUGAAAAAUCUGUUGCUCGGAAUUAUUCAACCGUGGUUAGAGCAGCAUGGAUAUUUCACCGCGGCAUAUGCUUAAAUCAUCCAAGAGGAUUAUGAGAUUUGGUAUUUGCUCCAAGAAACCCUUUCUGUGGUUGCCAAGAAGGGUGCGGUGCAACUUCCACAAGAUUCAACAGGUUGUAACAAUGACCAUGUUUUAACAUGCGAUUCACUAUGUGAUCACUGCAUCCGUGUAUAUAUAUGUACAGAGUUAGUGUUCCAUUGAAUGAUUCACAACUGUAUUGAUGAAGUAGCUAGUUAGUUAGUGAUUUCGCUGAGUUAGUUGAAGAAGUUGUUAGGCAAGUUGUCAAGUGGUUAGUCGGUUAUGCUGAGCUGUCAAUGAGCUGGAGAGAAGCUCACACAGCUCAACAACAAUACUAUGUACAUUAGACAACAACAACAAACAACAACAAACCCAGUGUAUUCCCACCUAGUGGGGUCUGGGGGGGUAAGAUGUACGCAGUCCAUACCUCUACCUCUAAAGACGUAGAAAGGUUGUUUCUGAUAGACCCCCGGCUCAAGUCACGAGAUACCACACAAACUCAUAGAAUGGAUCAAUAAAAUUCAGUUUCCCUUUCA